UCGCGUAAUAUCGCGGGGCCGGGCGGUUGCGCCUCCGUUGAAGGUCGUGCGGGAGGCUUCGUGUUAGUGGCUGUUGCUUCUCUUCUGCGUUAUGUUGGGCGUCGGUGUCCGCCGGUUCGCCACCUCGGGCGUGCGCCGUUCGCAUUAUGAGGAGGGCCCCGGAAAGAACCUUCCUUUUUCGGUGGAAAAUAAAUGGCGAUUAUUGGGAAUGAUGGCAGUCUUCUUUGGAAGUGGGUUUGCCCUUCCCUUUAUUAUAGUAAGACACCAGCUGCUGAAGAAGUAAAACAAUUGGAAGUGGAAAUUAUUCUACAAACAGCUUUCCUUUUUCAGUGGAAGAAAAGGUGCAACCAAUAUUUACCUACACUGGAUAUGUUUGUAAAUAAAAGCUAAAUAUAAAAAUGCA